AAUCUCCGUCCCAGCUGUACCACAGCUACAGCUACACUCUACAGGCAGUGCCCACAGUUUAACCUCCGUCUUGUAACUUAGUAAUCUGAGCAUGUUUCCGUACGUGAGCUUUAUUCGAUUGAUAUCUUUGUUUUGUUUGUUAUCAUUUGCAGCUUUUACUGUACUUUAUGCGGUGUUAUCUCUCGUUUCUUUGCCUGAAGCUGGUAAUGCUUACGAACAGCUCAGUUUUACAAGGAUAACAUUAUUGAACCAAGACGAAUCUUCAGUUUACCAUCAAGACACUAUCAAAUCGUAUCGCAGUAGAAUCAUUACGGAGUGGUAUUAUAAGAACAAACUCUCAGAACUUUCUAAAGAUGAAAUUAGAAAUAUUUCCGAGGUUUUUCACCGAAAUAUAACAAUUCAGUAUCAGAGACAGCUCCUGCCACCCUCCAAACCUCUCUUUGACAUCAUGUGCUUUGAUCACAUUGACAAUACCUACCACACAAAGGUAUCUGUUAUCAUCACGUACUACAACGAGCUUCCCAUUCUUCUGAUGCGAACACUUACUACAAUCAAACACAGAACACUACCGAAGUAUCUGAAAGAAGUUUUGCUUAUUAACGACAACAGUUCCAUAGACAUCACAGAAGAGAUAACCCAGUUUGCAAAUGAUCAGGAUAUUCCGUUAGUGUAUUUACACAAUGACAAGCAGCUUGGUAUUGCUAACUCUCGGAGGAAAGGGAUCUUUGCUGCAACUGGAGAUAUUUUAGUUCUUCUUGAUAGUCAUAUGGAGGUUAAUGAUGGCUGGCUGGAACCCCUCCUGAACGUCUUGAAAACUAAACCAAGAGCUCUAGCUACCCCCCUAAUCCACAUGUCAGACGAACAAAAGUAUUCCGCCCACUCUAACAUGGUAGCGACCCCUUACUACAUCAGAAUGCAGAAAGCAUUUGGAGUAUUUGAUAUUAUACAUACAAGAGGUUCAGGGACUGGUAAAAGAUGGGAGUCAUACCCUUCCUCCAGUCUGUUAGGUGGUGGUAUUGCCGGUUACAAGUCAGUGUUGGAGGAGCUGUAUCCUGAGGGUGUGAUGGGUAAUGGAUGGGGUGUGGAGAACAACAGAUUAGCGUUCAGAGCCUGGAUGUGUGGUGAAGGAGUGUGGAUGUGCCCCUGCAGUCAGAUUCUCCAUCCCAAUGGAAACGAUGGAAUUCUCCUGCGAUACUUCCCCAGUGCAAAACAUUUUCACCAUCUCAUGGGAGAAUCUUUAUCAGAGGCGAUAAAUUUCGUUAAAGAAGACAAAGAGAAAAACAAACUCGUUUUAAAAUUCACAAAUGACCCCGAAUUCCAGGAGAUUAUUAAAAAGAAUGCCAUCCGUAUAAAAUCCGUGUUUGAUCCUGAUAAACAGAAGUGUAAAGACUAUUCCUACUACACCAACGACGUGUACGAAAAUUAUUUAUCCUGGGAAAAUGACCAGUUCUCAAUUGUUGGUGAAAUUCAGUCAGUAGCUAAACCUUAUAUAUGUUUGGAGGCCAUAAACUUUAAUAUCGUGCCCUAUGCGUGCAGACAAGAAACCACUACAGUGAACGAUGGUCACACAAUGGGAUUCACUAAAAACAAUAACAUUAGAGUUGGCAGUAACGAUAAAUACUGUUGGGAUGGACCUGGUUCGGAGAUAAGGUUGUGGUCAUAGUGUAUCCCUGUCAUACAUCUUCAGCAACAGAAGGCAAGCCAUUCGCAUCUCAGCAUUUUGAGUUCAACAACGAGACUGAACAAAUUAUCCACGUUCCUACUAAUAGGUGUUUAGAGAUUGCAACUGACGAUAAAACAGUUUGGCUUGUUAAAUGUGAUUUGGAGUGGAGGUUAGAGCAGAGAUGGACCAUAAAAGUUAGUGCAUGGUUUUAGCGAUUAUAUACGUCUGCAUGAUAAUUUCCUAAUUUGGCCAUGUUGUGUUAGCGAUGUUUAUUUUACAAUUUUAUCACAAAA